AUGACGCACUCGUCGACCGUCUCCGAAAGAAGGGCGAGCUUGACCGCAUCCGCGGUGAGUUGCCAUGAUAUCCCCGUCGACACGCUCCUCCGCCCACACGGUCUGCAUUCGGCUGAUCUCGACUACAUUCUCAACGAGGCCUUCGAAGUGGAGGUCGUGAUUCCACCAGAGUUGUUGGAUACUUUCCCACCAGGCGACCUGUCGGGAUACCCUGGUCUGAUGAUGUGGACGGAGCGUAAAGAGAACAUCGCGGGUGGAGAGAGCCUCGAGCUGGAUCUCGAUGCUGCGGUUGCCAGGGCUCGUUCAAGUUUUACUGACAAGAUGCCCAGGGAAAGUGAUCGGGGGCGGACAGGGACCAAAGUGUGCGUUUUGUCGACCAUGAGCAUCCCCUAA